CGUCAGAUUGUCAAUAAGCGUCACGUGACGUCAGAGGCAGAGGGAACAGUAAAAGAACAAGAUGGAGGAGUAUGCCAGAGAACCAUGCCCCUGGAGGAUUGUGGACGACUGUGGGGGAGCCUUCACCAUGGGAGCUAUUGGAGGAGGAAUUUUUCAGGCAGUAAAAGGCUUCAGAAACGCACCCUCAGGAAUGAACCACCGAAUGAGAGGUAGCUUGACUGCCAUCAAGACUAGAGCCCCACAGCUUGGAGGAAGCUUUGCAGUAUGGGGAGGCCUCUUCUCCAUGAUUGACUGUGGUUUAGUAAAAGUACGAGGGAAGGAGGAUCCCUGGAACUCAAUUACAAGUGGGGCAAUGACAGGAGCUAUCCUUGCUGCAAGAAAUGGACCAGUAGCCAUGGUAGGCUCUGCAGCCAUGGGAGGUAUCCUGCUGGCGUUGAUAGAAGGUGCUGGGAUCUUGCUUACUAGGUUUGCCUCUUCACAGUUCCCAACUGGUCCCCAGUUUGCAGAGGAACCUGCCCCUGCUCCCAUGCCCACCCCCUCCUUUGGAGACUACAGACAAUACCAAUGAGAGGACUCCCCCACUUCUUAUCCACUAGGCCUUUUUGAAUUCCUUGCUGAUGUUACAAAGAAGAAAUGGAGAUGUCAAAUACCACACAUCAAACAGUAGCACCCAACUUAAUGGACUGUGUCAGACCAGUGAAGGACAAAAUACAUCUUCAUUUUCCAUCUUUCAAGAGCCAUGUACAGAUCUGCCUUUUUGCCAUUCUCAGCCUUGUCAAGUGCAUCCGUUUCACCUUACAUCGCUUUAAUGCAGACAUGCGGUGAGAUUUGUGUUUGAUGUUGGAUGGUUUGUGUGGACGAGGUGUGUUUUUUCUGUUUUGUUCAUAUACAGUAUGUACUGCAUGUAACCCAACAAGUGGAAAAUCAAGAGAGACAAGCUCUGUUGAAUCGAACAAAAACACAUCACACAUGGGACAUCGUGAAUUAUAUACUUAUGUGUAUAUACAGUAAAGGCUUUCUGUUUGUCUGUUCACUUAUGUUAGUCUUCAUUUGCCUUAAAUAUUGUCACCUGCUUGGGCUGGCCGCUGACAUUCAGCUGGCCUUUUUUAUUUUAUUUUAAUCAGCGUUAUGAAGGCAAACCCCAAUCAGAUACAAUGCUAUCCCUGCAAUACGGAUUUGUGUCAAAGUGAUUUAUUUAUUUUAGAUUGUACAGAGUUGUAUCAGAUAAUUCAUUUUUAUGUGAUGGCGCUUUUACAUUCAACACAAAGGUGUGGAUAAGGCUGCCAAUGACAAAGGAUGGCUUAGGCAGUACAAAUGAAUGGUGAAACUCAAGCAAGGGAUUGAUGCAUACUGUAUGAAAUCUGUAUUAUAGAAUAUUCUAUGGUACAAUAAAUAAAUAAGUUGUUUAGUGUG